AUGUAUAACGAGACUACACCAAAUUCUUUGUUUGAUGUACAUGGAAUAUCAUAUAGGUACAGGUAUUAUCUUGUGAACGAGAUUUAUCCGGAGUGUUCUUGUUUUGUAAAGUCAUUGUCUUGUCCUAAUGAUCGAAAAAUGUUGAAGUUUCAAGCUCAAGAGAAGGAAAGGAAGGCUGUUGAACGAGCGUUUGACGCUCUUAAAAAAUGUUGGCAUAUACUUAAAUACCCUGAGAUUUUUGUUGACGAGGAGAAAAUGGAUGAGGUUAUGUAUAUUUGUAUCAUAUUGCGUAAUAUGAUUCUCAAAGAUGAAGGAAGUGCAAUAUGUGAGUUUAAUGAAAACGAGAUCGUUCCACCAACACAAACAUUUGCGGUUGGAAGCGACAAAUACUUGAUGAGAAGAUCAAUAAAUAAUGAUAUUGAGGCCCAUCAUCUUCUUCGUAGAGAUCUAACAUAA